UCAGACAAGGAAAGGUCGAAAUAACUCAGGAACUUGGAACGUAAAUCAGAGUAGAUUCGGAACCAAAGUUUGUUAGGGAUUGUUCAGUGACAAAACACAGUUACAUUGGAUAGGUGUAACAGGUUGACUUAGAACAGUAUAACGGGAUUAUCAUUAAGAUUUCAUAUAUUGUUAAAUUAUAGCGGUGACAUUUAAACCCAGUUGACACGAUGAACCCAGUAACUUUGUAUCCUCUGACGGAAAAAGGUUCCCGAAAACCCAAGUGCGCCCGAUGCAGGAACCAUGGAAUGGUGUCCUGGCUUAAGGGUCAUAAACGUCAUUGUAAAUUCAAGGACUGCGCAUGUCAGAAAUGUAACUUGAUUGCCGAACGUCAACGUAUAAUGGCGGCACAGGUUGCACUGAAACGUCAGCAGGCAGCUGAAGACGCCAUCGCGUUAGGGCUCCGGGCAUGCGCUCAGGACCACAUACAUCCUGUGAUGACGUCGGGUCCACUGUGGGGGCCGGGCACAGUGUCCCCACCCCAAGGUGACAAGGACGACCGAGAAGAUGAUGACGAUUCUAUAGACAACGCUCCGAAGAUAACCGAUGACAGUAGCGAAGAUGACCGAGUGGAAGCCUCUUCACCCGAGUCUGUUAACGACGUUACGGAUUUAUCCGAACGACCGAAACCUUAUUCACCGUACACAUCACUUACACGGACACGUGACCUGCCUUCUACAACUCCGUACCUUCCAGGUCACCUCAACAACCUCGAGAUUCUGGAGCGCGUGUUUCCCUUCCAGCGGAAGUCUGUAUUGGAGCUCGUGCUUCAAGGAUGUAACGGUGACCUUGUCAAAGCCAUAGAACAAUUUCUGUCCACACAAGAUAAUUUAAUGGCCCAGCAGACGACACCCCGCCUGAAACAGGACUUCCGGUCUCAUCCAUACUUUGGACAAUUACCCAUUCAUACCAUAAAGUCACUCAACGGUAAGCUGCCUAAUGGCAGCAGUAUGCGUUCAGCAUUCUCUCCUUUCUCGUCUCCCGCUCCCAUGGCACAUUCGGGUCUCCACUCAGCGUUUACGUCACACGUUAAUACCUUGUCAUGUGAUGCACUCAGAGCACAAAUGUUUCCUAGUGGCAUGCGUUCAAGUGAUGUACUUCCACCUCCAUCACAGUUUCCGUAUCCUAGUUUUUCGCAGUUGACUUCCGGUCCAAUGCCUGGGUUUAUGAGUAGUCCUUUCUCCCUUUAUCCUUACAGAACAGGACUCACAGACAUGAACUGUUUUAGGAAAGCAACCGAAAAGACAUCGGAGCGAGCAGCUCUUCAAGAAAACAAUCAAAACGUGGAGAACUGGGAUGAAAGUGCGAAGGAGCGUGACGUUGAAUAAAACCGGAAGUGAAAAAAACUGGUGGUUAAUGCUCUACAGAUAUUAAGUAUAGACAAACACUCUUUGAUGUCCAAUUUUCGUUUGCGAUUGUCAAACAUACAUCUUUUUGAUGUAAACUUUUAUUUAAAUAGUAAUUUAUUCAUCUUUUUGGGGGUGGGUUGGGGGUGGGGGGAUCUAAAACAUUACCUUGGGUUAGAUGUUUCUUACUGAUAUGUAUUUUUAACAUGCGCAUGCAGCAUAUGAAAACACAGUUAUAAAAGAAAAUACAAAAAACUUUAAAAACUUGAAUUAGAUAUAAGGUAGGUAAUCAAUUUGUAUACGUAAGGCAACAUCAAUCUUCAUUUAAUGUCUCAUUAGUAGUUUAUAUGUAAGUCCCGUUUACAUCACGUGAUGAGUGAAUGAGCGAAAGUUGUAACAUUUUCUUGUGUGAUGACUGUAUGGAAAUCGGAAGUACUGCAUUAUGAGCUUAUUUAAUGUUCAUCGUUCAUUGAUAUAGAAAUAUACCUGUUGUGCUAGUGUUGAUUUGUGAAUCAAUCCCAUGUACAUGACUUACCUCAUUAUGUAAUGCCUAUUAUGUGAUUAAAUGUCGUUCAA